AUGGCAUACUUGAGACAAUUGUCGAUAUUGUUAUACAAGGAUUGGUUGAUAAGACUCGUGAACCCAAUCGCCACGAUCUUCGAGCUGUUCCCGGCCCUCGUGUUGGCCCUCAUCAUCGCGUGGUAUACAAUCAGCACCAAAUUCAGUGCAUUCAAUGCCAACAUUGAAGAGCACCACAAACCAGACACUGUCCUACACCUCGAUGCCAUCCGAGGCCCGUAUGCCCUCUAUUACACCCCAAACACAUCAUUCACUUGGGAUCUAAUAAACACAUUGAAGACAAUCAGUGGUUGGACUGUCACCGCAAUGAGAGACCCGGAAGAGCUCCGGGAGUUUAUGAGCAAUACGACUAACAAUAGUGGGAAUACCCGUCUCGUUAAGACAGUUAAUGACAUCCCAAUUAAGACUGAGAAUCAGACGGGUAUUGUAUUUGAGCCGACGAUCGGCAAAGAGACCAAACAUUUGAAGUAUACGUUCAUUUGUGGCCGAAGUUUGCUGGAUAUGAGUCACAGGAAAGAUGAAGUCAUUGUGUCCGAGAGGUCGCCGUAUUUGCCGGACUUCAUCGAAACACAAGUCCUUAUCAAUGAGGCGUUCCUCACAAAAGUGGCCAAAGAUUACGGUGUGAACCACAAGAAGACCAACGAGAUUGAGUUCUGGAUGUUUCCCGGAUUCAAAGACUCUGACACCCGGCCAUUCAAUCGCAUGUCCAGAGGUGACCUCAUAUCGGUGUCCAUAGUGUCUGGGUAUAUCGUGUUGUGUCCGCUGAUUGUCCGGCGGGUGACGAACGAGAAGUCCAUUAAAGUCAAAGAACUGAUGCGAAUGAUGGGAAUGUCUGAUUGGGUCUUCUGGUCCUCCCAUCUCAUCAAUUAUCUCAUUGUCAUGUCUGUCCACACAUUCAUAUUUACAAUGCUCUGGUGUUAUGGCUUUCCGGCGAUAGGUGUGGGCGAUGGUCGGGCACUCUUUCACCUCAUAAAUCCCAUCCUAUUCUUCAUAAUUGUAUUCAUUUUCUGCAUCCAAACGAAUCUGUUUUGUAUGGCUUUCUCCACACUAUUCAACGGACCCGUAGUGUCCGUCAUAGACGACGCAUACACUUUGCGACUCAUUUCGUCGGUAUAUCCGACGUAUGGUCUGACGUGGACUAUGGCUUUGAUCGGACGGUGGGAAUGGUUUGGAGUCGGAGUCGGAUUUAAAGAGCUCUUCUCGAAGGUCCCGUAUAUUGGCUUAGGAUUAGGGGAAGUACUGGUCGUACAGAUACUGUCGUGCCUUUUGUGGGCGUUUGUGAUCUGGUAUUUGGACGCCGUUUGGCCCUUUCAGUACGGAGUGCCACAACCCGUGUACUUCCCGUGUCAGCCCUCCUAUUAUUGGCCACAAAAGUCCCGUUCAGUAAAAGAUGUCGAAUCGACGGCCAAUUCGGAUGCGAAUCCAAACAAUGAAAGUCAACCGAAAGACAACAAAGUUAUGAUAUCUUUGAGAAAGAUAUCAAAAGAUUUCGGUGGCGGACGAGGGGUUAAAGACAUGUUUUUAGAUAUCUUCAGCCAACAAAUUACUGUUUUGUUGGGACAUAACGGCGCCGGAAAGACCACUACAAUGAAUAUGAUUACCGGUAUAUUCCCUCCGACUUCGGGAACAGUUCUCGUCAACGGAUACGAUGUGAUGACAGCCACCAGAGAGGCCAGAAAGAGCAUUGGGUUGUGUCCACAGACUUUAUACCGUUUUGAAAGACUUCCCGAAAAACAGUUAAAUGCGGAAAUCGAUAGAGUAUUGUCUGUCAUCCGACUGACAGACAAGAAGUUCUGGAGAAAAGUCUUGAUACUGGAUGAGCCGACCUCUGGAUUAGAUCCAGAAGCUCGCAGAGGGAUAUGGGAUGUAUUGCAAGAAUUAAGACAAAAGAAGACAAUACUAUUGACCACUCAUUACAUGGAAGAGGCGGAUGUAUUGGGCGACAGAAUAGCCAUUAUGUCUGAAGGUGUCCUCAAAUGUUGUGGAUCUGCAAUGUUUCUGAAGAAGCGAUUUGGCGCCGGAUAUCACCUGAGAAUCUCAAUGUCAGACAAUUAUAACAAGGAAGCGGUCGAUGAGAUACUCAAAAGACAUUUACCCGACAGUCGUCUUCAGAGCGAAAUCAAUACUGAAGUCAUUUAUUCACUCGAAUCGGAGAACACAUCCAAACAAACCGAUAAAAAUGUUUUCCCGAAACUGUUUGACGAACUCGAGAGUCGGAAACAGGAGAUCGGUAUCCAAUCGUUUGGCAUAACUGUGACCACAAUGGAAGACGUCUUCUUGAAAGUGGGUUCCGAUGGAGAGGUCGACCACAAGUCGAAGAAUACUGAGACUAAGACAACGAAUUACACAAACCUGAUUGGAUUUAAACUCAUUUUACAAUCAGUUUACGGUUUAUUAGUGAAACGUUUUCAUUCCAGUCGUCGGCAUUGGUCUACCGUUUUGUUUCAAAUCAUAAUACCGGCGCUUCUCUUCAUUCUCAUCCUCUAUAGUGACGAUAGUCUUAAAAACCGAGUCAUAAACAUGGAGUUAGCGGUGAAACUCGAUUUAGAAGAACUUUAUGGAAAGACAUUUGGAUUCUUCAAAGCAAAUGACACCAAUUCAGAAGACUUUGGCCUCAAAUACUAUAUUCCAAACGCUAGAAGACAUGGUAAGUCUGCAACGCUUCUGAAGACUGAGAGUCCAAACGAAUGGCUGAUAACUAAGUCUAAGAAUUUCGAGGAAUAUUAUUUUAUACCACAAAUGAGAAAUGACUUCACAAUUACCACAACUAAUGAGAUACCGAAACCCAAGAAUGAGUUCACUGAAGAACCUGGAUCCAAUAUCGCCAAUGCUAUCGUCACAUGUAUUCUUCUAAUACCAAUAGCCCUACCAAUUCUGGGCGCCUCAUAUGUCGUGUAUCCCAUUCAAGAAAGGGUUUCAAAGUCAAAGUUACUUCAAUUGAUGACCGUCCUAUUCAUGUUAAUUAUCUAUAUCUGUGACAUAAACUACAUAUUCUUUUACGAUUCAGAGGCUGUCUUUGCAUUAUUCCUCUUACUAUUCACGUUUGGAUUGUCUUCCAUAGCCAUAGCCUAUUGCCUGUCAUUUGUAUUCAGUUCUCCGACAAUG